AUAAGCUAGCCUUUCAGACAUGAGUCAGUUUCUGGGUCGUCAGGACUCUAUUGAAAGCCUGAGGAAAGACGUCGUUGACCUCCAAGGUGCUCUAUUGGACGUUUUUUCCAGAACCGGACCGGUUCGCUUCACUUCCUGGAAAUUCCCCGAUAAACUCUCAUGUAACCUAGACAUGGUAGCUCUGCUGGAGAAAUACGAUUUUGUGGAUGGGGAGGAUGCAUACAAUCAGCACUCACACAUUGUGUUACUGGAGCUGUUGGUUGACAGGCUACUGCUUCUUCUACAAAGCCUUAAUGCAUAUGUUGAGAAAAUAAGGUGCAGCCACAGGAGAGACCAAACCCAGCAGAAAGGCUGCCUGUCAGUUGGCCUUGUUGUCAGAAACUAUUGGAGUAAUUUAGUUCAAUUUGCCAAUCUUAAGGAGAGUUACAAAGACACAAAAAAGCAGAGCAAAGUAAAGACACUUGACUGUGAUGGGACAGAGACAGUGUCAUUGGUCUCCCCCCAAAUGAGCCAAAGUAGAGAUUACUUAUCUCCCUGGUCUUCAUCAAGCUCCUUUAAGUUUUUGCCACAGAGCCAUGCACCCUCAAGUUCUACCCACAACACCCCAUGCUAUCAUAAGGUUGACAGCCACCAUGUGAGCUCCCAGACUGUUGAAUCAUCCCUUGUUCCCUGCAAUGCAUGCCACCAAGUGCAAUCCACUUUAAUCAAAACGGGACAUGCUUUUGUGGAACUGCUUCAGACUGAGAGCCUGCCCUCCUCUCUGCAGCCGCUCUUAGUCGCUGUGGAGGACACUCUGGAGCUGGGACAUAUGACAGCAGGCGAUGUUGCCCAGUGGGCCAAUGAGCAGCUCAGAGACAUGCGGCGGCUGAUGAAACAUCUUCAAGAAGUGCGGAGUACUGUGCAGCCUCUGAAAGAAAGACUAGCGGCAGCAGAGGCAGAGCGGGAUAUAUUUAAGUCUCAGCUGGAAAGAAAACAGAAAACGUUCAAGCAAGAGAUGGAAAAACACCAAGCCAACAUAGUCCAGCUGGAGUUUUCACUGAGUAAAGCACAGAGAUGUGUCAAAGAAACAGAGCAAAGGCUACAAGAGGAGCAACGACAACUCAAGAGAGAAACCUUGAGCAUGGAGGAAAGUCAUUCCAGACUGAAAGAGAAAGAAGCACUGCAGCAAGAUGCAUUACAGACACUUGAGUUUGAAAAUAAUGGCCUGCAGGAGAAAGUGAGGGCUUUGCACAUAGAGCAAGAGGCCUGUGGUAAACUCCAGCAAAGGAUCCAGGAGUUAGAGAGUCAAAUCUGUGAAACUCAACUCCGCCUUGACAAGGAGAACGCCAAGUACCAAAGCGCUUGUCGCCAGCAAGAGUCAAUGCAGGCAAAGCAGAAGUCUUUGCUGGAGAGAGUGAACGCUCUCGAUGAAGAGUGUGAAGAGCUGCAGGGGCAGGUGGGAGAGAGGGAGGAGAGACAGAUCGUCCUUCACAAUCAGCUGCUACAGAUGUCCGAGGAGAAGGAACAAAUGCAGGGUCAGCUCACUCAGCAGCAGGACCUGUGUUCGGAGCUCAGAAGGGAGAAGCAGACGCAGGAAACACACGCAGGCGAGCUGAAGAACAGUGUGGCUGAGCUGAAGGAAUACGUGCGAGCUUUAAGGGAAAGAGAGAGGCUGUUAGUCGCUUUCCCAGAGCUCAACCCUACAGCCCAACCACAGAGUACAGGAAAUGUGCUUUUGGAUAUGGAGCAACAAUUGCAGGCAAAUAAUAUUCGUAUAAACCUUCUGGAGCAGGAGAACCUGAGCCUGUACACCAGCCUGGUGAAACUGAGAGAAAGAGCGCAACAUAACGCCACCGGGGAAGCCUCAGCUCAGCAGACACGUGUCCUCCCUCCAUCAGGCCCAUCAUUAGAAAAGCAACAUCAUCCCCUUACACAAAUGCAGAAGAGGCAGAGCAGCAGUGCAGCGCGGCUGGGAUACGGCAACAGAGAGAAGGAUGCACAGCGAGGGGAAAGUGGUCUGGAGUCAGCCGGGUCAGAGGAUCGUGUGUCCCCCGCCUCCCCCUCGUCCCUGCAUCUUCACCUUCAAACUCUCCAACUCGACACGGGCUCCACCGCUGCUAAAAGCCAAACAAAGACACCCAGUAGUGCUCUACUCUCUCACUCCAGAGGCUCCAAUCAGAGGAAGAAAAUUAAACCCUAAAAUUUGAAAAUGCAGUCAAAAAGACAGAGAAAAGAACACAGCUUUGUAUAAGGUGUCAUGUAUCGUAAGGGCACCUUCCCAUCAUAAAUAUUUCAAAAUGAAUAUCAUACCAUACUAACACUAAUGCUUUUGUAAUGACAUUUUUUUAUUUUGUAUAAUUAUGACAGCGGAUGAGCACUGUCUGUUACCACUACUUUUAUUAUUAUGUAAAGAUUAAUUUAUGUAAUAAACUU